AUGGAUACCUCUCCUUCCAUCUACCAGCAACCACCACGUCCAAACUUCUUCCGCACCCGGCUAGGAGAGUUUGUGUUGCUCUUCUUCGUCCUAUACUACACGCUAGCUGCCACCAUCCUGCUGUUCAUUGUGCACGAGCGCCCAAGACAAGAGGAAAUCUCAGCAACAUCCAAUAUGUCUAGACGUACCCACCUUUCAAAUUACACCCGCGACACCUGCUCCCUCCCCGAGCCGUGCCUCAAGCAAGAGCAAACGGCCACCCUCCUCGCCCUCUUUGCCGGUUUCGUUGCCGCUGACCAGUGGUACGCGCAUCAUUGGAUCUUGGCUGUGCUGAAGAGCCAGGUGAUCAUUUUCAUCGGGCUCGUAUGCUUGGGGCUUUGGCUUCAUGGAAAGGGGUUUCAGGUGUGGGGAGUAACGCUUCUUUCGUGGCUCAUAAGGGGGUUGAUUGCGCUGGCGGGGUGGUGGGCGGUGGAUUUGACGUUUUGGAUUGUAGGGGGGAUUUACGGGACACCUGGGUGUCCGGUGGGUGAUGAUGGGGAUCAAGAUUAGUUCGUGAAACCCGGCUUGCAGAAAAUGGAAGGAGGGAUUCCUGUUGGACUUUUUAUCUAUUCGGGAGGGAGUGCGUGUCAGCUUGAGCCGAUGCAAGCCAUUAAAUGCCUACCCAUGUAGAGGUAAUAUUCGGAUAGGUAUCUGGGCAUUGUUGGUUGUAGCUAGAGGGAGCUAUUUGCCUAUUACUACUUGAUGGAAGGAAGACAGUUGUUGGGUAAUAAGAACCAACUGCGAUUCCCG